AUGGCUACCCCGUCAUACGAAGAGCGUGCUGCUGAAAAGCGGAAGCAGCAGCUUGCUCUCAUUCCACCCGAAUGGCGCCUGGACCCGAUCCCGUCGGUGGAGUCCGCUCCAAAUGCCCUGGAAUUCAUCCGAAAGAGCUUGACGUCAAAAGAACUCGCUCUGACCGAGGAGACGGACAUUACUGUUCUGCUGCGCAAGCUCUCAUCGGGAGCAUUAUCAUCCUUCGAACUGACCAAAGCAUACUGCAAGCGGGCAGCACUGGCCCAUCAGCUGACAGUAUGCUGCACCGAGAUAUUCUUCCAAGAGGCACUCGCAGUUGCGAAGGAGAUGGAUGAGCAUCUUGUCAAAACAGGGCAGACCCUAGGCCCCUUACACGGGCUCCCUGUUUCGAUCAAAGAUCUUUUCUCGGUGAAGGGGCAGGAUACAUCGAUCGGAUGGGUCGGAUUGACUGGACGCCCAGCCCCGGCGGAUAAAUCAGUGGCAAAGACCCUGCGCCGACUGGGAGCGGUGCUUUAUGUGAAGACGAAUAUCCCGCAGUCCAUGAUGAUGUCGGACUCAUACAACCACGUCUUCGGCCAAUGCGUCCAUCCGCUGAACCGCAACUUGAUCUCCGGUGGCAGCUCAGGCGGCGAGAGCUCGCUGGUCGCAGCCCGAGGCAGUCCGAUUGGAAUCGGUACUGACAUUGGUGGAUCGAUCAGAAUCCCGGCUACGCUAACGGGAAUCUAUGGUCUCUCUCCGACGCCAGGCCGCCAUCCUUACGAGCGAGGAAACCCGGGCCAAGAUAUCGUUCGCUCCGUUGCAGGACCUAUGAGCUGUAGCUUGGCAAGUAUCGAGGGAUACAUGGAAGCGCUGCCCGCUGCUCGGCCUUGGGAAGUCGAUCCGCAAACAGCGCCCAUUCCAUGGAGGAGUGACCUUGCGUCCCUGCGAGCCAAGCGGCUGAAGAUUGGAUUCCUCAUUGACGACGGGAUGGUGAAGGUGCAGCCGCCCAUUGCGCGGGCCAUGCGCGAGACUGUCGAGGCUCUAAGGGCGGCAGGACACGAGGUUAUCGAGUGGGAUGCAUCCUCCCAUGCACACGCAUAUCAGUUAUGGGAGAAGGCUAUUCUCUCCGACGGUGGCGCAGGAUGCCGGAGAAUGAUCGAGCUAACCGGCGAGCCUCUCAUUGAGGGAAUGCUCGUGGGAAAGGAGAAGGAUCUUCUCACUACCUUAGAAAUCUACCAGCUAAACGCGGACAAAUAUCACUUCGAGACCUCCUAUCUCGAGCGAUGGAUGUCGUCCGGAAUCGAUGCGCUUAUAAUGCCAAGUACACCCUGGGUUGGCUAUAAACCCUGGACUUGGGUAAAGUCGAAUGCUUAUGUGGGAUACACAAGCAUCUGGAACCUCCUGGGCUAUGCCUCGCUGGCUGUGCCCGUAACCACCGUUUCGAGGGAGAAAGACCAGCCCGACAAGGAGUGGCUGGACCACGUUCCUCGUAAUGCAGGAGAUAAAUUUAAUAAAGAGCAAUACGACAUCGAACUUGUCGACGGCAUGCCAGUCGGUGUGCAGGUUGUUGGGGGCCGAUUCGGAGACGAGGUCUGCAUUAAAGUCGCAAAGGCUAUUGAGCAAGCGACUCGACGGAGCGACUCUGCUCGUGCAAGCUUCUAG